GAGUCUGGCAGCGCCCAGAGGCUUCUGGGAUUCGUAGUUCCGGGGCUGGCUGAGGCCUGCCAGCCUUGCCCCGCUCCUUCUUACGCAUGCGCGACUCCGAGCUGGCCCAAGAAGUUCGUAGCCUUUGUCAGGCCCGGGAUGGGAGGUUCCAGCCUCGCGGCACCGAGCCAGGCUCGAGAGUGAGGAAGAAACCCGACCCGACCAGAUCGAAACCUUUCAGCGGAGCCCCCCGAGGGAAGGCAGGAGGGAGGACGACGAGGCCACGGAGGCUUCUCACUGUUCGGCCCGGAGAAGUCUGAACUGGCGGGGGAGAUCGGAACCGGGAGCAGGUGGUGAUCAUGGAGACCGACGUGCACGAGAAGAGAGCUCUGUCUUCCCAUGAUGCUCCCCUUUCCCAAGAGCGGAGCACAGAAGAGGGGGAAGUGGCAGCUCUACGACUCACAGCUAGAUCCCAGGCAUCAGUGACAUUCAAGGAUGUGGCCAUGGACUUUACCCCAGAGGAGUGGGGGAAGCUGGAUCCUGCCCAAAGGGAGGUGAUGCUGGAGAACUAUAGGAACCUGGUGUCGCUUUGGCUUCCAGUUUCCAAAUCUGAGAACUACAGUUUGGAGAGCGGAAAAGAACCACUGAUGCUUGAGAGAAAAGCCCCCAAAAGCAGCUAUUCAGACCUGGAGGCUAAACCCGAGGGCAAAGAUUCAACUUCAGCGCAAGAUAUUUCCAAAGAAGAAUCAUGCCAAGCCGCAGUAAUAGACAGACUGACAGGAAACGGUGUCUAUGACUCCAGCUUGGAAACAACUCUUGAAUGUGAAAAUUGGUUAGAGAAUCAGCAAGGAAAUCAGGAGAGACCCUUGAGAGAAAUGUUCACCCAUGUGAAUUCACUCCCCGAAGAAGGAGCUCAUGAGCAUGACGUAUAUUGGAAAAACUUUGGUCAGAAGUCUGUUCUUCUCACUCAAGACAGAGUUCCCAAAGGAUCCUAUGCCUUCCAUACACUUGGAAAAAGGUUGAAACCGAAAUCAAACUUAAUGAAAAAGCAAAGAACCUGUAAAGAGAAAAAACCUCAUAAAUGUAAUGAUUGCGGGGAGCUCUUCACUUACCAUUCAGUGCUUAUUCGACACCAGAGAGUCCAUACUGGAGAGAAACCCUAUAGCUGUAAUGAAUGUGGGAAAUCUUUUAGCCACAGAGCUAAUUUAACUAAACAUCAGAGAACUCAUACCAGAAUUCUCUUUGAAUGCAGUGAAUGCAAGAAGGCCUUCACAGAAAGCUCAUCCCUCGCGAUACAUCAGAGAAUUCACAUUGGGGAGAGACCGUAUGAAUGCAAUGAAUGCGGAAAAGGUUUUAAUCGAAGUACACAUCUGGUACAGCAUCAGUUGAUUCAUACUGGAGUGAAGCCGUAUGAAUGUAAUGAAUGUGAUAAAGCUUUCAUUCAUUCCUCAGCUCUUAUUAAACAUCAAAGAACUCAUACUGGAGAGAAACCCUACAAAUGUCAGGAAUGUGGGAAAGCCUUUAGCCACUGCUCAUCCCUUACUAAACAUCAGAGAGUUCAUACUGGAGAAAAGCCAUAUGAAUGUAGCGAAUGUGGAAAAACCUUUAGUCAGAGCACACAUCUUGUUCAGCAUCAGAGAAUCCAUACUGGAGAGAAACCCUAUGAGUGUAACGAAUGUGGGAAAACCUUCAGCCGGAGCUCAAAUUUUGCUAAACAUCAAAGAAUUCAUAUUGGAAAGAAACCGUACAAAUGUAAUGAAUGUGGGAAAGCCUUCAUUCAUUCAUCAGCUCUUAUUCAACACCAGAGAACUCAUACUGGAGAGAAGCCUUACAGAUGUGACGAAUGUGGGAAAAGCUUUAAGUGCAGUUCAUCCCUCAUCAGACAUCAAAGAAUUCAUACUGAAGAGCAACUCUGAAAAAUUAUUGAAUGUGAAGAAAUGGCUAGAAAACUAAACCCAAUGGAUUCAUCUCUAUCAAGUUCCACCUGUAAUACCUGUAAAUAUGGAUGAAUUCCUCUCCUUUUGCGGUUCCCCAGAUCUGUUACAGCUCCUGUUCUACCGGAGAGUGACCUUCUUUUUGACUUGUAGGGCUGGGAUCUUGAAAGCCAUAGCAUAGGUACCAUAGACAUUUCCUAGACGGCUUCUCUAGGUAUUGAUUCUAUAUAUGAAAUAAAACAUUCUUCCUUGAUGGUGGACUGCUCAUGGCUGAGCAGGAUAGAUUCUUAAAUAUAACUCCAAAGCUGUAUUUGCAUAAUUGAUUUGUUCAGUUUUAUCUUGGUAAAAAGGAGGACGAAUGCUUUUUGCAGUUACUCUAUACAAAUAACUGCAUUGUUAUGAAAAGAAAAUAGACUCCAUAAAAGUAUAUGCUCCUUAAUUCUGAGUGAUAAUGAGAACAAAAUCCCAUUUAAGCUUUAAAUUUUCACACUUUAAGGGAUAUUUUAUUUCCAUUUGCAAAGGCACAGUCUACUAAAUUGAGCGUUAGAAACAGAUCAAGAAGAGAAAGGGCUUCCUCAUACGUCUAUCAGAUAGAAUAUUUUUUAAAUUACCAAAAUGCUCUAAACAGAUAAUCACAAGUAUAUUUCAUCUAACAGGUCGUUCAUUCCUCCUCAAUUAACUCUUUGUCCUCCACUGAAUCGUCGGUUAACAGUCUGAUCUCAUGAAGUAAUCUGCUUCCAGACAAAAAAAAACAAAAACAAAACCAAAAAAACAGAAUCCCGGAAAUCUGACAGUUCUCUAAGCAACGUCAGCUUUGGCUUGGAAGUGUGCACCCAUGAGUCUGUUCUUUGAAGCAGCAGUAGCUGAUAUCCGGUGAGGUUAUUUCCAUGGAAUGUUUACAUCUUCCUUCUUUUUUUAAAGACUCCGUUUCUGGCUUGUAGCUUAUAGAAGAACCUUCAGACAAGGAAGAAAGGAAAGCAUAAACCACUUAUUCAGAAUCAGACUGGCUAGCCCUGCUUGAUUUAUUACAGUAACCAACAAUAUCUCAAUAGAGGAGAAUAAAAUCCUUUCUUGGUGUAUAAUACAUGAGUCUUUCAAGGAGUUGAUCAGUGUUUCCCCAGAGGUUAAGAACAUAUUAAGGGCCAUGAGGACCAUCUCCAGGGAUUUCAACCAUAAAUAAAGUGACAACCUCUGAAACAUACUUAUCUUAAUAACAUAUUUGUAUCAAGUUAGUCUCAAGAAGGCUUAUAUUCUCUUUUAUUUGGUAUCUCUUCCCAUAAGCUGAGCAGCUGUCAACAAUAAUUCUCAGCUAAUUAAUAAAUAUGAAACAUACCAAACAAACCUAAAUAUUUCUUGCAUUUCUCCUUUUGUGGGUGCCAUAUCACAGGCUCCUAGGUAAAGGACUAUUUGGGGCCUGUUUAUUUUUUUUAAAUCAAGAGUAUGACAAAGUUAGCACAAAGCACAAAACAUAAUUCUGGUGAGAGACUGAAUCUGUAGUACCUGGACAGAUUAUGCAGAAAGUUAAGAAUGAUUUUUCACCUCCUCAUGUUAAGAGCAGACUAUCACUGACACAAGGAUAUAACCAAACUCUGAUGUUAUAUAAACAUAAUAUUUAGAGUUAAAGAUUUUGGGGGCACCUGGCUGGUUCGGUCAAUGGAGCAUGUGACUCUUGAUCUCGGGGUCAUAACUUUGAGUCCCACAUUGGGGGUAGAGUUUACUUAAAAAAAUAGAAUCAAAGAUUUUGCAAACAUAUAAUGAAUAAACCCAUCAAAAUCAAGCCAGUUUUUGUCAAAAUUUUAACACAUUUUAUUGCUUCUUUUCAGUAUUUGCAGCCAUUAUAAAGUACAACAAAUAAAGUUCACUUUUCCUCAGACCUUCUAAAACUUACUGUAUCCACUCUAAUUUUGUCUCUUACUAUCUUUUCACAUCUUAGAACAACCAGACUCUAAGAAAAAAGUAUUUGUGUGGCAGCUGGGUGGCUCAGUCAUUUAAGCUUCUGACUUCGGCUCAGGUCAUGUUCUUGCGGUUCAUGGGUUCGAGUCAGGCUCUGUACUGACAGGUCAGAGCCCGGAUCCUGCUUUGGAUUCUGUCUCCCUCUCUGCCCCUCUCAUGCACACUCUCUCUCCCCCUCUCUCUCUCAAAAAUAAAUAAGCAUUAAACAUUUUUUUAAAAGGAAAAAUUACUUUUUCUCUUGAAAAACAGAAGCAACAUCCCAUUCUCUUUUAUAUGUGUCUGGGGAGGGGGGUCCCCAACAUGACCCCCAGCCUCAAUGAUUGGCUAGAAGGAUUAACAGGGUUCAGCAUAUUGCCAUACUUGUGGCUGUGAUUUAUUACAGUAAAAGGAUACAAAGCAAAAUUGGUAAAGGGAAAAGGUGCGUGGGACAAAGUCUGGAGAAAACAAGGUAUAAGCUUCCAAGAGUUCUCUUGGCACUAGAGUCACACAGGACAUGCCCAAUACCCCCUGCAGUAAGUCGUGAUAACAUGUGAAAUAUCGUUUACCAAGGGAGUUCACUAGAAUCUCUCUCUCUCUCAGAUAGGAAGGAAGGAAGAAAGGAAAGAAGGGAGGGAAGAAGGAAGAAAGAGGUAAAUAAACAAGGGAGAGCAGAGGCCCUUGCUUGCAGUAGAAUGCCCAAUGCAAACUGGUAAAUGUGACACUGGAAAAUCAUCAUUUUGCAGCCAUGACAAUCAAAAUUGGUCAGACAAGAAUCAUCAAUGGAUGGUAAAUCCAAAAGGAGAAAGUGUGAUGAGGAACAGGAUAUUUACAUAGUAUUAAAGUAUCUUCUCCAUAAAUUGCUUGUUACAAUUGGCAAUUGCAAGGGAAAAAAUUAUAUACUCAUAAUUUUAUACUACUAUAUGGGAAGCACCCUGAUUACAUGAUCAAAAUUAAUAUAUUGAACAAGUGGCAGAUGGCAAUUGUGUGCCUCAGAUGUGAUACCAUGGGGACACAACAUAAUUUAUGUAAUAUUAGAGAAUGCAUAACUGGAAUCCAAUCAUGAGGAAACAUUCAACAAACCUCAAAAUGAGGACUAUUGGCAACAAAAGAUUGGGGCACCUGGGUGGCUUAGCCAGUUAAGUGCCUGACUUCAGCUCAGGUCAUGAUCUCCUGGUUUGUGUGUUCAAGCCCCAUGUUGGGCUCUGUGGUGACAGCUCAGAGCCUGGAGCCUGCUUCAGAUUCUGUCUCCCUCCCUCUCUGCCCCUCUCCCACUCAUGCUCUGUCUGUAUCUCAAAAAUAAAUAAAGGUUAAAAUUUUUUUUUAAAGAUUGCAUUCUUUAAAAAUGUUACUGACAUAGAAGACAAAGAAAGGUGGAAUCCCUGUUCCAGGUUAAGAACUAAAGACGUGAUGACUAUAUACAAUAUAUUAUCCUUAACUGGAUCCUACGCAGGAGAAAAAAUACUACGAAGGACAUAUUGGUUCCGUUUUUCAAAAGUGCAAUACAAGCAGUAGAGUGGAUAAAAGUAUUACAUCCAUGUUAAAUUUAUUGAAGUUGAUAACUAUACCAUGUGUAAAAAUCCUUAUUAUUGGGAAAUGCACAUUGAAGUAUGUAGAGGUAAAAAAGCAUAAUGCAUGCGAUUUGCUCUCAAAUGAUUCAGAAAAAAAAUAUGUAUAUAUAGAGAGGGUACAUGAUAACACAAAAAGAAUAAGAUGUUAAGAAUAAGUGAAUCUUGGGGCACCUGGGUGGCUCAGUUGGUUAGGUAUCUGACUUUAGCUCAGGUCGUGAUCUCGCAGUUUGUGAGUUUGAGCCCCACAUCGGGCUCUGUGCUGACAGCUCAGAGCCUGCAGCCUGCUUCGGAUUCUGUGUCUCCUUCUCUCUCUGCCACUUCUCCACUCAUGCUCUGUUUCUC